CCAUAAUCGCCAUGAUGUUUUUAGUGUAAGCGUGUCAGAGUUGUAGAUUUCAUUCGAAGUUAUUUACCAUUUAAAAAUACUCUUCGGUAGUUUUGAGUCAUGCCUCCGAAAAAGAAGGGAAAGAAGAGCGGAAAGAAGAAGAAGAGCGGCAAAAGGAGUGCCAAAAAGUCACCUUCUGCUGCACCUUCAAGUGAUGUGCUCAAUGAACUUUCCAAAGAAUAUUUUCUUCUACAGAUACGAGAUUUAGAAGGAAGGUUAGUUCGCUAUCAGAAAAAAUGCGACGAACUUGAAAUUGCUAAUCAGGAGUACAGAUCACAUUAUGAACAACAAACGACAGAUAAAAGGGAAAUUGUAUCGUUUUUGAAGAAACAGUUGGAACAAAGAGCCGACGAAAUUGCUGACCUACAAGAUCGUUUAAUAGGAUUACAGCAAGCCAAGGAUGGCGAGAAGGAUCAGUACGAAGUACAAUUGGCAACCUUAAGAACUGAAAUGCAAGAAAUCAAGGACCAGUUAACUUCAGAAAAUAUGGUUCUGGGCGGAAAGUUAGCCUCCUUGGAAGAAUUCCGUGUUCAGAAAGAAGAUUUGAUGGCAAAGUUUGCGAAGAUGGAAGAAGAAUUGGAAAAACAGCAGAAGGAUCAUAAAGAGGUUAUUUACAAUCUGGAGAGGAAAGCCGUCGUGGACAAGGAUAGAUUAAAGAAAGAGAUGGUGCUAAGACUGAACCAAGUGGCUGCAGAAUUUAGAAAAGUAUCAAAUAAACAGAUGGCUGAGACAACCAAAAGAACAAUCAGAGAGAAUGUUUCCAUCAAUGCUCAGCUGGCCAAAAUGUCUGAUAAAACCAUGGAACUUAUCCAGGAAAAUGACGAACUUCGAACUAAGGAGAAAAAAAUGAAAAUGCAGGUUGACAUGUUGGAACAUAAAGAGAAAGAGCUUGCUAAGAAGAACAGUAGUAAUCAAAAGAUUAUCCGUAUGUUGGCAGAAAAAGCGAAGCAACAAGAAGAGAUGUUACUUGAAUAUGAGGAGGGUGAGGCAAACAGAAAGGACUUGGAGAGUGAACUUGAUCUGCUGAGAGCUCAGGUUGACAGUAUGAAGGCCGAGCUUAAGAGCACAACAGAGAAAAAAGAGUCCUUAGAGAGUGAACUUGCAAAAGUUACAAAGGACAGAGACCUGUCCAUGAAGAAGAAAGAUGAACUUACUGGAAUUCUGUCUCAAGCAGCUCAAGCUCUUAGAUCUUCAUUAGUGGCACCCACGGUUGUCAAUGGAAAGCCAGAUGAAGCAGAAGCCAUUGCUCAACGUGAGAACCUUGUUCAAACACUGCUAGGAAUCUUGAAUGAUGCAGUUACAUUUGGUGUGGGACCCAGUGCCAAAGAUUUCAUGCCACCUCGUAAGACUAGCGGGUAUUCAAGCCCAAGCCCUGAUAUAGGAAGACACAUUCAUAAGAAAAAGGAGACACUCCCCUCUAAAGCCCAGGUUGUGGCAGCUGCAGUGAACCGUCCACUUCCUCAUUACAAGCUGGGUGAUUUGGGAAUAGUUCCCAGGUCUCAUCCUAAGCUUGGAGAGAGGCCUGGGGCUUCUUCGCCUUUGGCCCCUAUAAGCCGGCAGACAAGAAGUGUUGGUGUACAAACAGUCAGUGCACAAAAGGCCAUGUUCUUCGCUGAUCAACUUCUUUCCAAACGGAGCCCCACCUCUUCUAAUCCUUCCAUGUCACGUGACUAUAAGUCACCAAUCAGAACAGAGCUGCCUGUUGGGACAGGGUCACGUGGUAGAAUACCUUGACGCGUCUCUUGUUGACACUAGAUUUGGAAGAUUUUUAAAUAGUUUUCUCGGAAGAGAUCAUCCAAACCACACAUAGAAUCUGUAGCGAUGGUGUUCAAAUAUUUCUCUAAACUUGGUACUAAAGAAGGUGACUUCCCAGUCCAAAUCAUAAUAAAAUGAACUUACUUUUGCCUACGUGGGCUUGCUACAAGGACUGAGCCACGUUAAGCUCACUAAAUAUGGACACUCCCGGAGUUGCUCACUGGGGGAGAAACUUUGUAUAUUUUUAUGGUACAUACCAUGUUGUAAAGGAUUUUACUAGAAUUUGACUAGUGUAUUUCUUUUUGACUGUUGUAUUUAUCUCUCCUUUUUACCACAAUGAACCUCAAUUUUGUCUCUGCAGUUGCUGAAUAAAACAUUCAUAGUAGCAAUUCCACAAGUGAAAGCAUCAUCCCUGAAGAAUUUACUAGAAGCUAAUAGAUUUGUAUCCUAUGAUAACGGUCCGGAAAUAACUCGUAUUGCUUGAAAUUUAUGUGUUUUGUGUGAUAGAUGCCAAACAGGUGGAUUGUGUAAAUAUAUCUUUAGAGAGCAAUAAACACCAUUAUUUUGACAAA